GUCAGCACUAUCUAGAUGAACUGAAUGAGUGGUUCUGUGGCUUCAAAGGCGGAAGACAAACCAUCUCCACUUCCCCUUUCCAAAUUAUCAGAUUAUUUCCAACUAAAACCAGACAAAGAAAAAAAGGAAAGCAACAAAAACGUAAAGCAAAUAAAUUUAUAAAAACUAACCGAAUUGCAUCAUUUCUGCAUUUCAUUGACCUGGGAAACUCUCUCUGGACUAGAGAAUUACAUCCUGUUAGAGGUUGACUAUCAAUGGCUUCAGUUUCCUCCAGUGCACUAUCAAUCCCUUCCUCAUCUACCCUUGUAGAUGCCAAGUCCCCUCGUCAAACAACUGCUGCAUCCCUACAAUGUGUGACUCUUCCUACUCUUCCUCCUCUGCCCGUUCAUUCCCAGAGUCGUCCCUGGAAGACCACUGCUUACUGUCGCAAGAUUGCUCGAAAUAUGAUGGCUAUGGCCACAGGUGAGGCUCCAGCGGAAGUUGCGACAACUGAGCUGCCAGAAAUUGUCAAGACAAUUCAAGAAACUUGGGAUAAAGUUGAGGACAAGUAUGCUGUGAGUUCACUUGCUGUAGCAGGAGUGGUUGCCCUCUGGGGCUCUACUGGACUGAUCUCGGCAAUUGAUAGGCUUCCUCUGAUUCCUGGCCUUCUGGAGCUAGUGGGUAUUGGCUACAGUGGGUGGUUUGCAUACAAGAACCUUAUUUUCAGGCCUGACAGGGAAGCUCUGGUACAGAAAAUAAAAGACAAAUACAAAGAAAUAAUUGGAAACAGCUAGAGGAAACUGGUUAAGUAUGCUGUUCAGAUGAGGUGAACAGUUGAAAUCUGAAGCCAAUACUUGCAGCAUCAACAUGUGAUCUUGCUUCAUUUUUUUAGCAUAAGUGCUAACCAGAGUAAACUAAUGUGAUAUGGUUUUGGUCAUGGGAAAUUGAGAUACAUGCAUAUUUUUAUUUUCUCCUCCGUAGCAUUCUAUCUGGUGCAAAUAAUGAUCUUCUUUUGUCAACGUAAACAGU